UGUGUGUCUCCGAGAAGUGACGUGUGUUAGCGGCUUGUCUGGUGACGUGUCUCUACUGCUCUUUCUUUUCCGACGGAGCGGCUGAUGGAGCCACACUGACUCCACUUAGCAGUAGCAGUAAUACGACAGGAGUCGGUCCAAGGACAUCAUGGGGAUUAAAUUUUUGGAGGUCAUCAAGCCGUUCUGUGCGGUUCUACCUGAAAUUCAGAAACCAGAGAGAAAGAUUCAGUUCAGAGAAAAGGUACUAUGGACUGCCAUCACACUAUUCAUCUUCCUGGUGUGCUGCCAGAUACCCCUCUUUGGCAUUAUGUCAUCAGAUUCCGCAGAUCCCUUCUACUGGAUGAGAGUAAUCCUGGCUUCCAACAGAGGUACUCUGAUGGAGCUGGGUAUCUCACCCAUUGUCACCUCAGGCCUGAUCAUGCAACUGCUGGCUGGUGCUAAGAUCAUUGAAGUGGGAGACACUCCUAAAGACAGAGCCCUCUUCAACGGAGCUCAAAAAUUAUUCGGUAUGAUCAUCACCAUUGGACAGGCCAUUGUAUAUGUAAUGACUGGCAUGUAUGGAGAUCCUUCUGAGAUGGGCGCUGGAAUAUGUUUGCUUAUCAUCAUCCAGCUCUUUGUUGCUGGUCUGAUCGUCUUGCUGUUGGACGAGUUACUGCAGAAGGGCUAUGGUCUUGGCUCUGGCAUCUCUCUCUUCAUUGCAACCAACAUCUGUGAGACAAUUGUCUGGAAGGCCUUUAGCCCGACCACCGUCAACACUGGUAGAGGUACUGAAUUUGAGGGAGCUAUCAUCGCUCUAUUCCAUCUGCUGGCAACCCGCACAGACAAGGUGCGCGCCCUAAGAGAAGCCUUCUACAGACAAAACCUGCCCAACCUCAUGAACCUCAUCGCCACUGUAUUCGUGUUUGCGGUGGUCAUAUACUUCCAGGGUUUCAGAGUGGACCUACCAAUCAAGUCAGCACGUUAUCGUGGUCAAUACAACACCUACCCUAUCAAACUUUUCUACACCUCCAACAUCCCCAUCAUCCUUCAGUCUGCCCUGGUCUCCAAUCUCUAUGUAAUUUCUCAGAUGCUCUCAACACGUUUCAGUGGCAACUUCCUGGUCAACCUUCUAGGAACUUGGUCUGACACCUCGAGUGGAGGACCAGCUCGGGCGUACCCAGUGGGUGGUCUCUGCUACUACCUUUCUCCUCCAGAGUCGUUCGGUUCGGUCCUGGAUGACCCGGUUCAUGCUGUUAUCUACAUCGUCUUCAUGCUCGGCUCCUGCGCCUUCUUCUCCAAGACCUGGAUUGAAGUCUCAGGAUCUUCUGCCAAAGAUGUGGCAAAGCAGCUGAAGGAGCAGCAGAUGGUAAUGAGGGGACACAGAGAAACCUCCAUGGUGCAUGAACUUAACAGGUACAUCCCUACAGCUGCUGCAUUUGGUGGUCUCUGUAUAGGAGGACUGUCCGUCAUGGCUGAUUUUCUGGGGGCUAUCGGUUCGGGUACUGGAAUCCUCUUGGCUGUAACCAUCAUUUACCAGUACUUUGAGAUCUUCGUCAAGGAGCAGAGUGAAAUGGGCACUAUGGCAGGACUGUUCUUCUAAAAAAAUACCAACCUGCAAACAAACAUCAGACACAAAACAUCCCCCCCUAUAAUUUUUUUUUUUAAUUUAGAAUUUUUAGUUAUUUUGCAAUUGGCACAGUCCAUGCAUUUGCAGCUCGGAUAGGUGACUUUACUGCUACGUUUGUUUUCCUUUCAUCUCCCACAUGUCAAUGCUGAAAAAACUGUUUUGGUGACUCCCAGAAUUGAGCAUAGUAAUGCCUCAGUUCUUUUAUUCCAGUAGCUACAACCCGUACAGUUUUGCAGGCUGUCCAAGUCCCCACUAACUGUCUUGUGCGGCAAGUGCGAGGUGCUGUGUCUGAUUAGCCUCAGGUAUUUGUCACUACAGCAUGUUCAAGGUCCUUGAAUGAAGCAAAAUCAUAUUUGUGCUUACUGUUAGCUGAAAGCCUUGUGCAAGGACGUUUGAGGGAGUUGAGAGAAAGUCACGACGUGUUCAUCAUGUAGCGACCAUGCUUGGAAUUUCUUAAGGGUCUAAAGUAGGAUGUGAAAGUAUAAUUAUUAUAUGCUUGUACUCCUAGUAAGGUUUCUGGUAAACUCAGACAACCCAUUGCAGGUUUUCCUUUACCCUUAUUUUCAUAUUUUAAAUGAUGGACUGUUUAUAUUCACUCUGAUCUUAUGUGGGGCACAGUGUUCAACUGCUGUCUCUAGGUCCUCAAAGCAAAGUGUUUGUGUUGUCUUGCUCUUUUAUUCCCAGACUGAAUCGCUAAACAAUACUGCCGAGAUGGUCAGGGACAAGGGUGGGUUUGAUAGGGACUGAAAAGGGGGUUUUGUUUUGGUUUUUACUUUAUGUAACAAACAUAAUUGUGUUAUUAAAAAACAAGUGUUUUUUUCCAAUA